AUGGCUCCCAUACGACGCUACUUGCGCAUCAGCAAGUACUCGGUGAUAGAAUGCCGUAUCUACCCUGAUAGACCUUCCGAUGCCCGAUGGCUCUUGGAUGCUCGUGACCCUGGCUUGCCACGCGUAUUCGCCGCGAUCCGCCCACUGGUACGACCUCGUCUACGUGAAGCGAACGAACGGCUUUGGAUGCGCAAGAAAUCUAAACCAGUGAAGGAUGUCGUUUCAGAAGAUGACUUCGAAGUUAGCAUCUUUCUCCGCGAAUCGCGCACUCGUCAUUCUCUCUUAACACGGCACAAGAACUUUGAACAACCAGACAAGCAAGAUGGCACAAAUGUAUUCACUGAAGCUGGAAAUACCCUGGCAAACGCAGAGGUAAUCAUGGACAGCGAGGACGAUUCUGAGUUUGACUUGCAUAAUGAUGGUGGUCGCUCAUUGCGCAAAAGGCAAGGGGCUGCUUCAAUCGAUCCAGUCGACAGUCCCGACGGCAGCGACGAGAAGAAGGCAGGCUUCAGUACGCAUUACGAGAGCUUCGACAUUUGCGGCUGGGUGCUCUGUUUGCUUAUCUCUCACAAGGGCGACAAGCUCCGGCCGAGUGCUGACCCAUCGGCACCGAAGCAACCUCUAAUGGAGGAAUGGAUAUCGACUCAAGCUCAGCCAGACCUGGAAGAGGACUGA